AAAUGGUGUUGUUCUCCACUGCGUAGGUAUAAAAAAACGUACCACGGACGGACACAUAUUAUUUUAAUCGGCUCAUUCCGACGCGCUGUUCAAACAGAUACUUACAGAUAUUUAUAUAGGUGUAUGCAUUUAUAGCGAAUCAAACGGCAUCCAAAAUAAUAUAAAGGCGCGUCGUACGGAAUAGAAGAAUCGAUUCAGGUAAUUUAUUUCACUUUGUAGAUUCCGAGUGGAGAACAAUAUUUAAUGUUUUAUGUAAACAUUUUUUUUUUUUUUUGAAAAUUUUAUAACGUUGAUACUAACAUAAAAAAUACGAACGUUAAAAACCGUCACUCAUUUUCAAGUAUGUAUCUAAAAUUAUUACAUUUUCUAAAUUGGUGAUUUAGUUAAAAACGCAUGUUUCUUAGUUAUAUAUUAUAUACUAUAACGGUUAGUUAAGUGCCUGAUGCAUACAUAUUACAUAGCUACGGAGGUUCUACUAUAGUUAUUGCCAAUAGUUAAAAAUAUACAUUAAAAUUAUCCAAAAUCGACAUGUAGCUCAGGGGUUGUGUUCAGUAAAAUGUAAUAUGUUCAGUUCUAAAUUAAAUAUUGUGAUGGUCUUAAAACAUAUGCAUAUUGUACGAAUAUUAUUCACAUCAAUAUCUAAUUAAAAGAAUUAAGACAAAAGUAUUUGUAUAGGUGCCUAACGUGUUACUUGAAACUUCAAAUUAAAAUGGUCGAUUUAAAAAUAGCGAUAGCGAUGAAGAAUCCUUACAAAAAAGAAAAAACAACACUUUGAUCUUUAUUUAUUUAUCAAUAAUUAUUGCAUUAUUUUCAUUGAUAAAAUAAUUUUAUAAGUUUAUAGUUUUAAUAUAAUUUACUCUAAUUGAAUUGGAUAAACAAGUACCUGAUAUAUGUUCAGUUUAUUACAAUUAAAAAUAAAAUAAAAAAUUGCUACACUUUAGCUGUUGUAAUAUAAGAUAAUUAAAAGUGUAACAUGUGGUAGCGAAGAAAUUGUUGGGAAAUUUUUUUCACGGGUGAAAUAUAAAUAAGAUAUGAAGUUCUAUAACAUUUUAUGAGGUUAAUAAAAAGAUGUAUUCAAUUAGAAGUAUUUUUUGAAUACAACGAUUUAUCAUUUUGGCAUUUUGCUAUCAAAUUAAAAAUAUAAGUGCGAUACUCUAACUUGAACAAAAUUGUCUAGAACACUAAGAUAAAAUCUGUGUAAAUUACCUAUAAUCAGCUGUAACUGCCCAUUUUAUUAUACUUAAAUAAAAAAUAACUGCUUUUUUAAAAAAAAUAAUAAUGCAAAUUACAUAAUAAGGUAACUUAGAUAACUAAGUUAGAUUAUUUUUCGUUGGUAAUACUAAAACUGGUUUACAAAUAAUGAAGUUUAUGGGUAAAUUUGAAAUAAUUGUAGAAAUAGAGAAGUCAAAUAAAUAAUCAAAUAAAUUCUUUAGAAUCUUGAAAAAUAUACAAAAACUGAUCCACUUCGAUUCGUUCUCCGGUAACGUUUAUAAACAAAACGAAAAUACACUGAGUUUAGUAAACCCUUAAUAUAAUUUUUAAAUUCGACCACACGUGGGUUGCAUUUUCAGAAUAUUAUUUAUUUUUUUUAAUAACAUGGUGUUAAAAUUACUGGAAUAUUGCCACAUUUUUAUGCUAAAUAAUAUAAAAUAUACUGUGUACAUAUUAUCAUACUAUGUGAUUCAAAUAAUUAUUUACCUAUAUUAUAUUAUAUUUUAAAAAAAAAUAGCAUAUUAAUGUAAACGACACUGUUAUAAAUAUUAUAUUUAAAUUUUCUAUAGACUCGAAUAGAAAUAUAUAAAUUAUAACUGUAUUUCGAAAUUUCAAGAAUAAUUAGACAUAGAGUAUAAUAAUAUUAUCAUAUAAUAUGAUCAUUUGGAUCGGUUGCAUUUCCAUUUUCAUAAAAAUAAACAAUCAUAGAAAAACUAAAAGAUAUUCCAUAGAUUUAGAACCUAUCGAUAGAAAUCAAAUAUCAGCAUGUAAAAUAACAUUAAAUUUUAAUUUUAAUUUCAAAACGGUUUACAUUUGAUGAUUUUAAUCGGUGUAUAUUACAGUUUAUCUUGUGUUUAUAUUGAGGUAUUCUUUUGUGAAACGCCGUGGCAUAUUAUACAUUAUAACUGACACACUAGGUAUUUGCCUAUACUUACGCCUUAUUAGUAUUUGUAAAUUGAUUUUUUAAAUAAUUUUGUUCCAUCAAAUGCCAUACAAUUCUCUUUCAAUUUCAUUUCGAUUGACAAAUAAUAAUUGAACAGUAAUGAAACAAUAUGUUAACUAUCAUUAUUAUGUAUAUAUAUAUGUAUGCAUUUAACAUAUAAUUUUCAUAAAAUAUCUAAUCUAUAGGAAUUUGUUUGAUUUUUUAAAUAUUUUUAGAAAAACUGAUGUAAUUUUUGUGUAGAGGGCUUUAGGAGCAUUCUCUACCUAAUAUUAUUAUUCAGCUCUUGAAAAUCAAAUAACUUUUGUAUGGGAGGGUACCUAUCUAAAAUGUACAUUUUCUAUGCUGGUUAAAAUUUUCUUCUUGAAUGCGUUCAUAUAAGUGUUUAAUGUAUUUCAGGUUUUUAUUGAAAGUAUAAUUUGAAACACCAACUGAAGGUAAAUAAAUUGUAAGUUACAUAAUUAUAGAAUAUACAGGUACAAGAUGUUGGGUCAGUGAGAACUGUUCACUUUGGUUUGUUAAAAAACUAAAUAUUAUGUAUUCAACCAGUAAUAGCAAAUAGAUAAAUUAAAUUGAAUUUUAAUUUUUCAGUUUAAACAUGAAAAAAGAAAUAUGUUUUAUUUGCAUGACACUCGUGUUCAAAGUGAUAACUGCCCAGUCCAAUAUUGGUGAGUUAUUUUAUAUUGGUUGAAAUAUCAAGUAUAACAUACAUUCGUAUUCAAAAUUACUUUUUAACAUCAUUUUUUAAACAAAUUAAAAUUAAAUUAAUUUAACUGCAAGCGCUUAAUAAAUACAUAAUCUAAGUAAGAAUACAAAUAAAUUGAUAUAUACGUUUAUUAACAAAUAUAUGUGUUUAUUUAUUUAAUUUAUUCUGAAAGUUAAUGCCCAGUAUUACCUUUUAAUUAAUAUUAUAAAUGUAUACUACAACUUCAGUUGUAACAAGUUCGUAGGUUAGGUAGAUAAGUAUAAAACAUGAAAAUUUACAAUAUAAUAGUUAACAAAAUUAGUAGUGUGCGUGUACCUCUAAUCUAUAUUUUAUAUUGAUAUAUUAAAACUAUUGUAAUUUAAAUUUGGAUAUUUGCAGUGCUAACCUCGUUCGAAGACCCUUUGUAUGCAUUCACUGACAAUUUAUCAGAAGAAUUUGAAGAAAAUGAUUCCCAAAUCAGGUUAAAUCAAUAAUUUACAUUAAUAUUCAAUAGUUAUUAAUUUUUUUACAAUAAAUAUUUAUAAUAUUUCGAAUUGGAGUUCAUUGCUAAGCUACUAUACAGUAAUGUUGAUUAUCUCGGAUUCUAAAAAAACUGUCCUGCAUUUAAUACUAGAAAUAUUCAAACGUUUCCCCUCUUCAUUUACCAAACAAAAUUAUGAACUAUCCAGUUCGGAAAGCCAUGUAUUGGAUUAUUAGCAUUUGUGUAACGAUUUUGAUGUUUGUUUUGAUUUACUAGUUAAGCUUAAAAAUUUUAUAAUUCGAUUUUUUAAAAUGGUUUUGAUUUUUUGUUUCAGUUCACUAGUUAAGUUUUAAAAUGUGUAAUUUCAUUCUGUAUUACCUAUUCAAAUAUUUAAUCAUCUUAAGGUCGUUCACUAAUAAUAAAAUAUUUGCUAAAAUACAUUUCUGUUAUAUAUUAUUUAGUUCAAGUGGUACAUCUCGCACAAGUCGUCAAAUAAAGAUUCCGUCUAAUUAUUAUGAAAAAUUCGUUAAUGAUAGUUUACAACUACAUAAUAAGUACAGAUUAAAACACGGUGUCGGUGCGUUGGUUUUAAGUAAUAAAGUGAGUGUAAUUAUUAUAUUAUCGUUGGUGAUAUUGUACAAAACAUUAUGUUUAUUUUUUGUAAUAGUUCAAACUGUAAAUAAGUAAUAAAGUGAGUAGUAAUUAUUAUAUUAUCGUCGGUGAUAUUUUACAAAACAUUAUGUUUAUUUUUUUUAAUAGUUCAAACUGUAAAUAUAAUAUCAUUUAUUUUAUAAAAUAGUAUGUAUCAUUUGAUUACAAAGAUAAUUCUCACACUACUUUGAUUUAUAGAUUAUAUUAUUAUAUAGGUACAUAUAAUAUAAUGAUAAUAAUAUAAUAAUAUAAUAUAAUGAUAGAUGAUUAUGUUCGUAAUAUUGUAUUUGUUUAGUUGUCUAAUAACGCGAUGAAAUGGGCGAAGAAAAUGCUCCAAGAAAACAAGAUGUAUCAUCAGUCAAAUAGUCUUUUCGGCGAAAACUUGUAUACGGCCACGGGUAUGCAGGUGACGGCCGAAAUGCCAUUUUUUGCAUGGUACAACGAAGGGAAAAAUUACGACUACUCAAAGGAACCGUCAAAUCUGAGCGCAGGUAUAAUCCUAUAUAAAGCUAUUCAUUCAUUAUAUUAUAAGAUAAUACGAACAAUAAUUAUUUACAUUAAAUUUUACUUUUUAUUUCAAAACCCAUCUAUGAGAGUUUCCCGAAAAUUGGUAUUUAAGGAUUUUGAAAAAUAAGGAACCCAUUGAUCCGUGUGGUUUUUUUUUCUCGGAAAAACUCGGUUAAGCGUUUAUGGAGUAGAAAAAUUACACGUUUUCGUACUAGGGUUGUUAUUAUUUUGUAUUAAUGGUAUCUUAUAUCAAUGGAACAAUUGUUAAUACUUUAAUAAAUCAUUUGAAUUUUCACCGAAGUAGACACUUUAUUAUUCACCGUACGGUGGUUCUCACUUCAAUUAUCUUCAUGACUUCAUUGAUUAAAAUAUAAUUCUCAGUGCUUUUAAGUUUUAAUAAAUGUUAUGUUUGAAUAAAUUCAAUAACACGACCACUCAAUAAAUUUAAAUAUUAACUUUUCAUAACAUCUUUGUACAUUUUUUCUUGUUUAACUAAUACUGUGCUUUCCGGGGUGGAGGUAAUGCAUGUCGAUUGAGUAAAGUUAGUUGAAUAUAAGUUAGAAAAAUAAGUUGAAAUUAGAGAUUUUACACAAAUAACACAGUUUAAAGAAGAGAAUAUUUUUGACGGCUAUGGGUAGAUUUUCUCUAAAAAGUUAUAGCUAUAGCGGUUUUUUUGAAUAAUUGUAGCUUAUUUUUGUAUGCCAUUUUUAGAAAAAAUCUACGUAUACAGCCCUCGAAAAUGUUCUCCUCUUUACAUUUUGUUUUUUUGUGUUUAAAUUCUAAUUUCGUUAUAAACACCACUGUUUACUAUUUACAUUCUGCUAUGUGGCCCAUUAGUUAGACCGAGGCAUUAUAUGCGGGUCUAACGUCUUCUUAUUAACUAUGGUAAGAUACUAGAAUUUUAAUUUAAUGCCCGCUUCGUAGAUAUAUGUAAAAAUAAAUACUGCUAAGAAUAAAUAAAAGUACAAAAGCUUCCGUUUUAUUAAAAAUGACGAUAUCGUAAAAAUCAUAUUUUAUAAUAUAUCGGCGUACUAUUGUUUGAUUACAGGUCAUUUCACUCAGUGCGUAUGGAAAAACACAAAAUCCAUGGGUAUAGCGAUUGUGAAAAACAAAUCCAAAACUUUCGUUGCCGCUGAAUAUUACCCUCCCGGUAAUGUAAUAGGUCAAUUUAGAUCUAACGUUUUAAAACCUCGUUAAUAAUUGUUUUGCUUUUUUUGCUGUAAUUACGUACGAUGUAAACUAAUGUUAUUAAUAAAUGAAAUAAAAAUGGCAACCGUAUUUAUAUAGUUAAUAAGUAAGUGUAAGUUUAAUAACUUGAAAAAACACGAGCUAGCACUAGACAUAAUAUAUAGGGAAUGUCGAUACAAAUAUAAUCUGAACGUGACCCAUGUGAAUUUUAUCGCACUUAAGUCUUAUCUCACAAAGUGGUAUUUGUGUUUAGAAUUUAAUUGUCUUUUAAUAUUGCGGUCUGAAAAUUUGUUCAGAUCGUCAUACCAAUGUUGUCUAUGAUCCUCUUGUUCGUAAACGCGUGAUAAAAAUUGUAUCGUUGUUUGCUGUUUUGUGUAGACCUCAAUAAAACUUAUGUCGUAUUCCGCGUACCUACUCGUUAUGAAACCCAUCAUUAUUCAUAAUCCGCGAAAUGGUCCGAUUUUUUUUUUUAGAGAAAAAGAUUAUAGUACCUAUUGUCUAGGUCUGGUAACUAAUGAAUAGCAUUGUUUUCUUAAUAUGUAUAUUCGAGUGACCACGUUAUAAUAUUGUGAAUUUCACUUUUCGUCUAAACAUUUAUAAUCAUAACGUGUGGCUGGAAAAAAAGGAUGGAUUACAAAUGUACAUUAAUAUAUUUACAUAUGUAGAACCAGUAUAUAUUAUACAUUAAAUAGGUAUAUUAAAAUAGGGGAGGCAGCUUUAGUUUAUUUAACUUGAACCAUUGAACUAUUGUUUCAUUACAUUUAAAAUAACACGUACAAAGCAAUUUUUCAAAUUUUUCAAUCUCACUCUCUUUAUUUCUUAUACAAUACGUAAUGUCUCAUUACCAUCGCUUAGCUUAUGAACUAUUACCUUACAAUAUAAAAAUUAAGUUAAAUUUAAAUUUGUCG